GCUCAGCCUCAGAUUUUCUCUGCCACCUGUUGGUUUGUCGGUUUGUGCUUCCAGCUGAGAGACAGACACGUGUCCGUGUUUACAGGUGAAACGCAGGUGUUUCUCUCGAGGCUCGGCGGUGACAGAUGGUUACGUCACUUAACCCGCUUUGUAUCGGCUGGUUCCCAUGGAGACCGAGGAUUAACCAACCCAACCGGGUUUAGCUGAGUUAGCUUAAAGCUAAAGUUACCGGUAACCGUCGGUUUGUCCCGACAGGUGUAACGUUACCUGAAGGAGCUGCUAGCUAACAGAAUUCAAAGCGCUUUGUAGCAACACCGAGGACACGUAACGUUAUUCCAGUCUGCCCAGUACGGAGCUUUACUGGUUAUUAUCGGCUUUAACUAUGUGGGUUAACCACGUGAAAUAUAUCUUAUUAGUUUAUUCUUCUUAACUAAGUUACCAACUAACGUUAGGUAGUCUUAAUUAGCGAGUAAGUGCAGCUAACUGUAGUUUGUGGUGUUACACAGUUUUCUGUCACCUGAUGAAGAAGAUUUCAGUCUUGAGUUCACAGACGCACGUUGUUCAGAUAUAACCUGUCCUGAUGUCUGGUCCAGAGGUGGAGGAGCAGAGGGAGGCCGGAGGAAGUGCAGGCUCCCAGGAGAACAGAGCAGGAGGAGGUAUCAGGUAUAUUACAGAGAAACUGCUGUUGAAGCUGACUGGCUGUGAGUCUCUGGCUCUGAUCCGGUCCCUCAAUCUGUCGUCCUCGACUGGAAGCAAACAUAUCAAGUUCAUAGAGAACCUUCAUGGCUGUCAGCGUCUGCAGGUUUUAAACCUGAACCACAACGUGAUCCAGAGGAUGGAGAGACUGAACGCUCUGACGCAGCUGAGAGAGCUGCAGCUGGCCCACAACAGCAUCCAGAGGAUUGAGGGACUGGAGCUCAUGUCCAGGCUGCAGCAUCUGAACUUGUCCUACAACAGGAUCGACCAUGUUCCCGCGUGGCUGGGGAAGAAACUGCACUCACUGCACACGCUCCACCUGCAACACAACCUCAUCACAUCUUUGCACGAGGUGUCCAGGCUGCGUUCUCUGAGUAGCCUGUCGGAGCUUUCUGUGUCAGGAAACCCCGCCUCCUCUCUGCCGCACUCCCGCCUCUUCCUGCUCUACCACCUCAGGACUCUGGACAGGCUGGACAACCUGCCAAUCACCCAGGAGGAGAGAGGACACGCCCACCAACGCUUCAACACCGAGGAGCUGGAGCGUCUGCAGCGGGAGGUGGACGGCAGCCAAUCAGAGCUGAGCCAGCUGCAGCGAGAGCAGGUGGCCGCAGUGACUCGACUCCACCAGCAGGAGGAGACAAACCAAACGCUGACGGCUCAGACAGAAACACAAAGACACACACACACACAGCUGGAGCAGGAGCUGCACACCAAGAGUCAGCUGCUGGAGAAGACAACGGCUGAGCUGACCAGAGCCUUUCACAGACUGUAUGAGCUGGAGCAGGAGUUGUCUUUCUACAAGAUAGAUGCCAAACUCAGCCCUCUGGCGCUCUGCAGUGCACAGGGAGUCGACACUGUGGACUCUGUGGCUGAGAGUCCGGACAUGGGCAAGGCUCGACACAUCAGGAACGGUAUCACCUCCACUCCCGAACCUCAAACCUCCUGCUCCUCCUCCUCCUCCCCCUGCCUGCAGACCCAGGAGGAUUCAGAUGUUCACACUGACAUGGAGUCGUCACCCUUGCUGGAAGACUGCAGAAUAGAGCAGCAUGAAGCUAAGAGCCAUCAGACAGAAGAGCAGCCGGUAGCAGAACAGGCAGUACCUGAGGAAUCCUACACACACAGACAGCAGGAGGCGCUGUGUCAUCUCCUCAGUAAACUGUCUGUCCUGGAGCAGCUGAGAGACAAAGCUGACGAGACACAAAGUCAGAUGGACAGACAGACAGAGGAGUGCAGGAAGACAGAGAGAGAGACGGAAGAGCUGGAGACACAACUUCUGAUGCUGGACACCGCAGACCCACAACAUGCCCAUGUGACCGCCCGAUUGGCCGGCUGGAGGCAGCUGCUGGACAGGAUGAGCGGGAAGCAGAGCGAGCUGGAGGGUCGCCUCGACGACAUGCUGUCCCGCAUCGCCAUGGAGACGCAGGAGAUCAAAGAGUUGGAACAACAGCUGACCGACGGUCAGAUUUUGGCUAAUGAAGCUCUUCAGAGGGAUCUGGAGAGCAUCAUCUCUGGACUCCAGGAGUACCUGAGAGGACUCAGAGAGCAGGCUCGUCGUGCUCAGCAGCAGGUUCACAGUCUGCAGGCUGACAACCACAGUCUGCAGCUCCACCUGGAGGACACUCAGAGACACUGCAGAGAGCUGGAGGACAGCAGCAGGACUCACAGACAGCGCUGUGUCUCUCUGCAGGACAUGUCCACCAGGCAGGAGGAGCUGUCUGUCCUGCAGAUGGAGGCCCAGGCUCUGAGAGACAGACAGGUGGAGAGCAGCAGACAACAGGUGGAGAUGGAGGCGGAGCUACAGCAGCUGAGGGAGGAGCUAACACGGCAGGUGACACUGGGACAGCAGUUGGAGCGUGAAGCUUUGCAGGAAGCUGUGGCCAAAGAGAAACAGACCAGAGAGAUCAGAGAGUCUCAGCUACAGUCCACCAUCGACACACUACAGGAUGAGAACUCAUCUCUUCAGCUCGUGGUCCAGAGACUCCAGGCCCGACUGGACCUGACCAGAACCCAAUAUAAAGAAGCCAGGAACCACGCAGACCAGACCAGAAUUCAGCUGGACCAGAUUACAGCUGCCUUGUUGGAUCCUCAACAGGAGCUGGAGGAGGACAAGUACAGCUCUCUCAGUCCUGAGGACACGUUGUCCAGAAGUGUGGAGCAGCUCUACAGGGCCAUCCAGCAGACCGGGACCAGCAGGGAGCAGCUCCAACAAGACCAUAACCACAGCCAAGAACAGAUAGCCAGACUGCAGGCCCGGCUAGCCCAGGACCAAGACCACAUUAACCUGCUAGAAGCCCAGGUGGCCGAGGAUAAGCACCAGAUAGCCCAGCUGGAAGCCCAGGUGAUCCGCGGUGUGGAGCAGGACCAGGACCAGGAGUCUGACUGGGGGCUGAAGGAGGAGCUGGAGAGACAGAGAGUCAGACUGCAGAGGUCUCAGAGCAGAAACAGACACCUUCAGCACAAACUGGAGGCGGAGCUGCAGCAGAGUCGUGUGCAGCUUCAGGACGUCCAGCAGGAGAGAGAUUUGCUGCUGCAGCAGCUGCGUUCACAGAGCGACGGUCACCAGAGGAGCCUCGGCCGUCUGAACAGGAAGCUACGGCAGCUCAGCAGGUCCAUGUGUGACUCCGAUCAGCAGACAGCCGAGCAGCUGAAGUCGACCACCGAACAGCUGAGAGCUCUGAACCACACAGUGGAGCUGCUGCAGAGACCGAGCGAACACGAACCCACGCCGUCAUCUGAACCCACGCUGUCAUCUGAACCCACGGUGGAGCUGCUGCAGAGACCGAGCGAACACGAACCCACGCCGUCAUCUGAACCCACGCUGUCAUCUGAACCCACGGUGGAGCUGCUGCAGAGACCGAGCGAACACGAACCCACGCCGUCAUCUGAACCCACGCUGUCAUCUGAACCCACGGUGGAGCUGCUGCAGAGACCGAGCGAACACGAACCCACGCCGUCAUCUGAACCCACGCUGUCAUCUGAACCCACGGUGGAGCUGCUGCAGAGACCGAGCGAACACGAACCCACGCCGUCAUCUGAACCCACGCUGUCAUCUGAACCCACGGUGGAGCUGCUGCAGCUGCGUUCACAGAGCGACGGUCACCAGAGGAGCCUCGGCCGUCUGAACAGGAAGCUACGGCAGCUCAGCAGGUCCAUGUGUGACUCCGAUCAGCUGACAGCCGAGCAGCUGAAGUCGACCACCGAACAGCUGAGAGCUCUGAACCACACAGUGGAGCUGCUGCAGAGACCGAGCGAACACGAACCCACGCCGUCAUCUGAACCCACGCUGUCAUCUGAACCCACGGUGGAGCUGCUGCAGAGACCGAGCGAACACGAACCCACGCCGUCAUCUGAACCCACGCUGUCAUCUGAACCCACGGUGGAGCUGCUGCAGAGACCGAGCGAACACGAACCCACGCCGUCAUCUGAACCCACGCUGUCAUCUGAACCCACGGUGGAGCUGCUGCAGAGACCGAGCGAACACGAACCCACGCCGUCAUCUGAACCCACGCUGUCAUCUGAACCCACGGUGGAGCUGCUGCAGAGACCGAGCGAACACGAACCCACGCCGUCAUCUGAACCCACGCUGUCAUCUGAACCCACGGUGGAGCUGCUGCAGAGACCGAGCGAACACGAACCCACGCCGUCAUCUGAACCCACGCUGUCAUCUGAACCCACGGUGGAGCUGCUGCAGAGACCGAGCGAACACGAACCCACGCCGUCAUCUGAACCCACGCCGUCAUCUGAACCCACGCUGUCAUCUGAACCCACGGUGCAGCUGAGGGCCGAGCUGGCUGAUGCUCAGAGACACAUAAACAAACUGAGACAGAAGCUGGACCGGACCAGGACUGGGAUCAGGAGCAGAGAUGGAGGACAGUGGUGCUUCGUACCUCCUGGACACUGUGCUCCCAGUCUGGGCUCUCAGGGGACUCAGGACUCUGGUUUGGGGCUGCAGUACUUCAGUUCUCCUGACAGGGGGCGACAGCAGGACAGACCGCCCGCAGGAGGAGGGUACUGGGCGUACAUCCCUCCGACACACACCGACUCUGACUCAGAGUGGAGGGACAGCGGGGGAGGCAGUGACGCUGACCGGAGCUCCUCAGGACAUACUCCGCCUCCUGCUCCUCCUGCCCCAGCUGCAGCGGCGGUCCCUGCUGGGCUCUCUGACAGUCACACUCCCCUGGUCGGACCUGCCUGGCUCCUCUACAGUCCUCCAGCAGGAGGCGCUGCGCUGCACUGUAACAUCCCAGAACACAGAGACCGGGUAGACAGGUGUGUGUGUGAGUGUGUGCACAAAGAAGCUGAGAGACUGGAGGAAGAGAAGAAGAAACUACGAGUGGAAACCAAACAACUGCAGGACGCACUGAGACACCACAGGAGUGUGAUGCAGGUGUGUGACGAGGUGGAGUGUUUGGAGAAAACGCUGCUGAAGAGACGAGCUGAACUCCGGCAGGCCGACAGACUGCUGCUGGAGGCUCAGAGCUGCAUACACACAACCAGAGACAAGGCCAGUUCAGCUCAGCGGGACGCGGACCUGUUGCAGCGCUCAGCUGAGGACGGCGCCGCCUGUCUGCUGGAGGCCACCGAACACAUCAGAGAGCUGCAGGAGGAGGUGGAGGAGCUGCGGAGGAGGCGCCAGGAGGAGGAGCAGACUCUGAGGCAGGCGGAGGAGGCUCUGAGGAGCAGAGAUCAGGAGUUCCAACAACUCGGCACGAAAAUCCACUCAGCUGCUGAAAGAUUAGCUGAUGUGCUGUUGGACCUUCAGGAGUCUCAGAAGCGUUUGAACUCGCUCAACAGUCAGGAGGAGCAGCAGGAGCAGAGGCUGCUUCGGAGGAGGGAGGAGCUGCAGACAGCUGGGAACAGAGUGCAAGAGCUCAGAGAGGAGGAGCAGCGGCUGCAGGACAGAGUCAAGGAGCUGAUGGAGCAGCAGGAGGAGCUGAUGGAGAAGCAGGAGGCGCUGCUGAGAGAGAGGAGGUCCACAGUCUGUGCUCUGAGAGAGGAGGAGCAGAGACUCACAGCAGUGCAGUCUGACCUCAGCACACACAGAGCAGAGCUCAAACAGGUCCUUCAGGAGUUGCUUGUAGAGCAGCUGGCGUUGGAGGAAGUGAAAACCAAACGCACCCAGAGUCUCCAGCGGCUCCACAAGAAGCAGAAUCAGCUGGACAGAAUAACGGCCGAGGUGGACAGGAAGCAGGAGGAACUGGACAGGAAGCAGAGCGAGGUGGACAGGAGGAGGGAGGAGUUGGACGGGACGCAGGAUGAAGUGGACAAGAAGAAGAACGAGCUGAACAAAACGGGGGAGGAAGUGGACAGGAAGAGGAAAGAGCUGGCUGAGCUGCGACAGGAAGUGGCGUCCCACAGAAAGGAGGUAGAGAUUUGUUUCAAAGAGACAAAACAACAGCGAACACAACUGAAGGAGGUGCAGGAGGAGCUGAGCAGGAGGCGCGAGGAGAGGAGCAGCCUGCAGGAGCAGUGUAAACACCUGGAGGCCCGACGGAGGCACGCUGACCGGAGUCUGUCGGCGGUGGAGGUGGAGCUUGUUAAACGGAGGGAGGAGCGCAGCCACGCCCAGCUUCUCAAACAGGAAGUGGUCAGAGAUACAGCAGCCACUCAGGAGCAGCUUAACGAGAAGUCUGAGCUGCUGUCUGUGCUCAGUGAACGGGUGGAGGAGACCAGGAAACACCUGCAGAGCCUGGAACAGGAGCUGAGUGAGUCCAGGCAGCAGCAGAGAGCAGAACACCUGCAGGAGCUGGACAGACAGGCGCUGUGUGCAGGACUGGAGGACGUCACAGCUGCAGUGUGUCGGCUGGAGGACAGGGGGCGCCGUCUGGCCGAGCAGCAGCUGCAGCUCCACCAGCUCGAGGAGGAGCUGCGGGAGAGAGAGAAACAGCUGCUGCACAAGGAGGAGGAGCUACAACUACAGGAGGAGGAGCUUAAACAACAGGAGGAGGUGCUGCAACUGAAAGAGGAGGGGCUUAAACAACAAGAGGAGGUCCUGCAUCUGAAAGAGGCGGGGCUUAAACAACAGGAGGAGGCGCUGCAACUGAAAGAGGAGGGGCUACAAAACAAACGGGAGAAGCUUCGUGUGAAAGAGGAGGACAGCAGGGAGGGGGAGGAGUCUUUCUACCUGUCCACAGCUGGUCGAAGAUCAGCCUUCAGUUCUGAGGCGGAGAGGUGGAAGGUGGAGCUGCAGAGAGAAGAGCUGAGACAACAGGAGGAGCGGCUGAAGGCUCGUCUGCGCUGCAGUUUGUGGAGUCAGCAGGAGGAUCUGGAGGCGAGACGACUGGAGGCCGAGGACAGUUUACUGGGUCUGAAACACCGACUGGACCAGCUGGACUCGCUGCUCACACACUGAUGUGUGUUCAGACUGCUCACAGGGGAAACAGAGAGGAAACCAAAGAGAGCUCGGGUUUGUUUGCAGUGAGGAGACGCAGAGUUAAAGUCCUUUUAGGAGCCGUCCUGCAGCUUCACAUGGAGUCGCCCUGAUGAAGAACCGUCGUCAGACAAACCACAAACUCCCGAUCUUGGAAACAGAUUUGUUGAAGCAGACAUGGAUGAAAAGUCCUUAAAUAAUCCUUUCAGUAUGAUUAACCCUGGUCUCAGUUUCCACACAUGUUGAAAUGACUCGACAGGAAGGUUUGAAUCCCGCAGUAAGUUCUUCAGACAGCAGCUGAACCGGCUGCAGCGUAUUCCUUCCUGUUAAAAUGGCGUCCACAGAAAGAGC